UUCACCCUACUUCAUUUCUUUCGUUCUUCUUUUUUACGCACUAAGAUGCUACUUAACUCUAUGUAUUAGGUUUUUCUUUUCGUUUUAUUUCUGUGCUUCUACAUGCUAUGCCGCACUUUCAGUAAGAGACUACAUCAGGGAAUUGCGUUCAAAUUUCAAUGUGCAGAACGCAACGCUUCUCUUUGACCUAGCUUUGUGAUGGAAUGUGACGUUGGAGGUGUCUCUGAUUCAUGCAUUUUGCACACUUGCAAGAGAAGAAGGGUUUAUAAAGGCUGCUUUCAUCCAUCCAUUGAUAUCAUGACAGAAACUGAAGCUUCCCUACCUAUCUUGAACUCGUCCGGUUAUUAUACCAAACCAUCUUUGAAGGAAUUAGUGGCCAGGGAACUCGUUGAACCUGGUUAUUGCAGCCGUGUCCCUGAUUUCACUGUUGGAAGAUUUGGUUAUGGAUAUGUCAGGUAUCUCAAUGAAACUGAUGUCAGGGGGUUACGUAUAGAUGAAAUUGUGAAGUUUCAUAGGCAUGAGAUAGUUGUAUACAGUGAUGAAAAUGAUAAGCCUGCUGUUGGCCAGGGCCUUAACAAGGCAGCUGAAGUAGUUUUGGUAUUAGACAGUGAAAUAUUGAAGUCUAAGGAGGGGAAGGAAGAUGUUAUGGUUAGCAAAUUAAAACAAAUUACAAAGAGACAGAAGGCACAAUUUAUUUCCUUUGAUCUAGUGACUGGUGAGUGGAAAUUCUUAGUUGGACACUUCAGCAGAUUUGGGUUUGGUGAUGAUGAUGAGGAAGACAUUGCUAUGGAUGAUGCUGAGGUAUAUGAUGUUGAGAAAGAAUCACCAUCAAAUACCAAUGAACUUGAACUUUCUCAUUCUCUUCCUUCUCAUCUUAGGCUUGAUCCUGUUAAAAUGAGAGAAAUGAGAUUAUUGAUGUUUCCUGAUGAAGAAGAGGUAGAGGACUUAAGUUGCAAAUCAUCUUCUGGUAAGCAGUAUGUGCGGCCUUUACAAAGUUCUGCUCAGGCAAUCAACCAUCGAUCCACCCCACCAGUUGCUAGAAAAACUCCAUUUCCAUUACUUGAGUAUAAACAUGGGAAUUUUGAUUCAAAUUCUCCUGGAGGAAUUUUGAUGGUUCAGCAGCAUAAGGGCAUGCCUCUUAGGACGAUAAAAUCACAAGGUUUUAAGCUAGAUCUCAAACAUGAAACUCCAGUAUCUGGAAACUAUGCUCACAAUAUAGUUGAUGCUGGUCUGUUUAUGGGUAAGUCAUUUCGAGUUGGGUGGGGACCAAAUGGCAUUCUUGUACACUCCGGUGCACCCGUAGGAAGCAGUGGUAAUCACAAACUGUUAUCAUCUGUUGUCAAUUUGGAGAAAGUUGCUUUCGACAAUGUGGUCAGGGAUGAAAAUAAAAAAGUGACUGAGGAACUUAUUGAUCAUGCUUUGGUAUCUCCAUUAAAUUUUCACAAAGGAAUAAACCAUGUGAUGAAAGAAGUUGAAAUUGGUCCCUGCAAGUUGACACUUCAAAAGCUUGAAGCUAAUCGUUCAACCCUGUCUGAGAUUUCUCAUCACUAUUGUGAUCUUAUUGAGCGGCAAUUGAGUGUUCCUGGGUUAUCUUCCACUACUCGUUUGGGUUUGACACACCAAGUAAUGACCUGGGAGUUAAUUAGAGUUCUUUUUUCUGACAGAGAACAAAAAGGUCAAGUAGAAUCUUUGGGUGCUGACAAUGAGGAAGAUAUGAUGCAGGAUAUAAAGGAAAUUUGUCAAGAUGUUGACCGAGAAGCACUCCCUCUAAUGAGGAGGGCAGAGUUUAGUUAUUGGUUGCGAGAGAGUGUUUCCUAUCAUGUUCAAAAUCAAAUAAGCUCUCUAAAUGAUUCUGAUUAUCUGCAGCAUAUAUUUGUACUCCUGACUGGGCGGCAACUAGAUGAAGCAGUGCAGCUGGCUGUGUCCAAAGGAGAUGUGAGGUUGGCUUGUUUGUUAAGUCAGGCUGGUGGUUCUACUGUGAAUCGCUCUGAUAUUGCAAGGCAACUUGAUAUUUGGAGAAAUAAAGGCCUGGAUUUUAGUUUCAUUGAAAAGGACAGAUUGAGACUCUAUGAAUUGCUUGCAGGAAAUAUUCAUGAUGCAUUGCAUGACGUCAAAAUUGACUGGAGGAGGUUCUUAGGUUUAUUAAUGUGGUACAAAUUACCACCAAACACUUCAUUACCCAUUGCUUUUCAGACUUAUAAACAUUUUGUUGAUGAGGGAACAGCUCCAUAUCCUGUUCCCCUUUUUAUUGAUGAAGGAACAUCAGAGGAGGUUAUCAGUUGGAACACGGAUAACCACUUUGACAUUUCAUUUUAUUUAAUGCUUCUUCAUGCCAACAAAGAGACAAAAUUCAGCUUUCUGAAGGCUAUGUUUAGUGCAUUCUCUUCUACCCCUGAUCCACUUGAUUAUCAUAUGAUUUGGCAUCAACGAGCAGUCUUGGAAGCUGUGGGUGUUAUCAAUUCUAAUGAUCUUCAUAUUCUAGACAUGUCAUUUGUGUCUCAGCUGUUGUGUGUAGGGAAAUGUCAUUGGGCCCUAUAUGUGGUCCUUCACUUGCCCCUUCGUGAAGAUUAUCUAUAUCUUCAUGUAAAUCUGAUUCGGGAAAUAUUGUUCCAAUACUGUGAAACUUGGAGUUCAGAUGAAUCUCAGCAACAGUUCAUUGAGGAUUUAGGCAUUCCCACAGAUUGGAUGCAUGAGGCUUUGGCAAUUUAUUAUAAUUAUAAUGGGGAUCACUCAAAAGCCCUUGACCAAUUUCUUCAGUGUGCAAAUUGGCAGAAAGCUCAUGCUAUUUUUAUAACUUCAGUUGCUCAUAGGUUAUUCUUGCAAGCAAAACAUGCUGAGAUAUGGAGGAUAGCAACUUCCAUGGAGGACCAUAAAUCUGAAAUUGAAAACUGGGAGUUGGGAGCUGGAAUUUAUAUUUCAUUUUAUUUGAUGAGGAACUCACUUCAGGAUGAUACCAAUGCUAUGACCGAAUUGGAUUCUCUUGAAAGUAAAAAUGCUGCUUGUCAGGAUUUUGUCAGUCAGCUAAAUGAAUCCCUAGCUGUUUGGGGUUGCAGAUUACCUGUUGAUGCAAGGGUGGUGUAUUCAAGAAUGGCAGGCGAGAUAUGUGAUUUGCUACUAUCAGGUGUAGGUGAGGGUGCUACCCGUGAUGAGCAGUUUAACUGCUUUGACACUGCUUUCAGUGCUCCCAUUCCAGAAGACCAACGCUCUGGUCACUUGCAGGAUGCAGUGUAUCUUUUUACCAGCUAUCUCUCAGAGAUUGCUACGUAAUUCCACAAUCUGCCAUUUACUGUCAUAUGAAGUCAAAUAGAAUAGAACUUCAAUUUGUUUGCAAGGCAGGAUUUUGAUCUGCAUACGAUUCGUGAGAUUUGUGGCUGUUUUUUUUUUUUUUUUUUUUUUUUUUUUUUUUUUGUAUCUUGGACUUGUAUGAAAAGUAUGAGAUGCCGCUAAAUAACAUUCAUUAAUUUUGCCUGUAUGCCAACUGAUAAGUAUGGGAUAAGGCUUUGUUUGUUGUUGUAGUUAACUGAAUUUCUACAUGACUUGAUAAAAGGGAACUGAGUUUUGAAAUUGAAUAAAUUGGGAAUUGGAUAUUCCAAAUUUCAA